GUCAUCCUCAGCGCUUCCGCGUUUCCGGUACUCGUAGCGUAGUGCGCUCCGUUUCGUUACUUGCUUCAGUUGGCAAAUUUAUAAAAAUAACAUUCCACUGGUGCGGAAAUCUACAAAAAUCCCUAGUGUAAAAAAAUACAAAGAAUGUGAAAAAGUUAUUGUGUCGAUUUAGACAAGGAUUAAGGUUGAUAAACCACAUUGGGAUACAAUAAAGUAAUACAUAUUCCAACCGGAAAAGUGUGAAUACUGUUUCAAAAGUGUUUUUAAGUGUUUAAAAAAUACUGACAAUUCUGAAAACUUUUCGUAUUCCGAAUAAUUUGGGAAGAUUUAACAAUCAUGGAUGCCUCGCAGCUCACGGAACUGAUGAGCAGUCAUGACUUCAUGCAGUUGCAACAUCAGUUGCAUCACAACAACAAUAACUACAACACAGACGGACACAAUGGACUAUCCUCGGAGUCGGCGGAGGGCAGUUCAAGGCCAGUGCGACGCGCCACCAGACGCACCUCACAGUUAAGCAAUAACACCUACGACCUGGAGAUGACGGACUCCAGUUCGCAAAGUGAUGACACAAGUGGCGGUGGCGGCAGCAGCAAUGGCGGCGGCAGUGCCACCAAUACUGGCCAGGGAUCGGGAUCGGGGGUGCCGGGCCAGGGGGGCGGGGGCUCCCAAGGUCGCGGGCGGGGCCAGCAGGCCAACGCCAGUGCCUGCCCCUCGACCCUCAACCCGAACAGUGCCAACUCCAGCUCCUCCAAUGCCAACUCGAACGCGAAUCGACGGCGCAAAGGAGCUCUGAAUGCGAAGGAACGGAAUAUGCGGCGACUGGAGUCCAACGAACGGGAGAGGAUGCGGAUGCACAGCCUCAACGAUGCCUUUCAGUCGCUGCGCGAGGUCAUUCCGCACGUGGAGAUGGAGCGGCGGCUGUCCAAGAUCGAAACCCUGACGCUGGCCAAGAACUACAUCAUCAAUCUGACGCACAUAAUACUCUCCAAGCGGAAUGAGGAGGCGGCCGCCUUGGAGUUGAACUCGGGUGGAGUGGGUGGUGUCCUGCUCUCCAAUCUCACGGCAGAGGGUGGAGGAGUAGCAGUAGGAGGAGGAGGAGGAGGAGGAGGAGUAGGAGGAGGUGGAGGAGCAGGAGUAGCGAACGGUGCCACGACGCUGUGCUUCGAGGAUGCCCUGGCCAACGGAGGCGCCUUCGACUGUGCCCUCCUGGCGGCCACCGAUGGCAGUCUGCUGAACGCCGCCGCCGUCAACGCCAGUCCCACGAUGCAGAGCCUCCAGCAGCCACAGGCCCAAAUGCACAUGCAGACGCCGCUGGAGCAGCAGUCCAGUCACCUCCCAUCACAUCCCCACCACCAGCAAACGAUCCAUGGCCAUGGGGGCCACAUGGGAGCCACCAUGAUGCAGUCACAACAGCAGCAGCAGCAGCAGCAGCAACAGCCGCCCACGCUCAUCCUCAAUGGCAGUGCCUCAGUGAACGUGGGCGUUGGAAUCGGGGUGGGAGUGGGCGUGGGUGUGGGAGUGGGCGUGGGGGUCAAUAAUGCCAACAGUUUUGCCGAUAUCAACGAUAACUUCGACGAGCCAUUCCGAGAGUUUCUCUAAGCGGUAUUACCUUGAUCGUAACAUGUAUAAAUACAAUAGAAGGGCUACAAUUAUAUUAUAUUUAAGUGAUUUUUGAGAGAACGAUAUUUAUGGGCUUUUAAGAUUUUAUAAAUAGACCCCUUUUUUGCAAUAAACCUCACCAGUAAAAAAUAGAUUAUACAACAAGGGACCGCAAAACUUCAUUUCACUCAAAAUAUUUUAGACAGAUAUUUCAGAAAUGAUUUAAACACAAAGAAAACUAUUUGCAAUUAAGUUGUGAAGCUUGUAAGUCAAGUUAAAAGAUAACAUACAACCACUUGUUUUGAAAGGAUUUGGUCUGUUAGCAGAUAGAUCUUUAAACCUUACAUAAAGCAACUUAUUUAAUGUUUAGCCUACAGCUGGAUUUAUUUUUCAAAGUAGUAGUAGACUUACGAUUUUUUCUGUGCUUUCAAGCUUAAUUGAGUGGAAAUUUUGAAAAAAACAUUUCAAGUUUAAAACUUACACUCUAGAGAAAGUAUGUUGCAGAAAUUAAGCGAACUUUACUGCACGCAAAUGCCGUUCCCGAACAGAAAUAAAGUUUUAGUUACGAAUAUGUAAACAAACUUGAAAUAUCAUCAAAUAUACGUAUACUUUAAUUUAGAGAUAAAAUAUAAUAUAUCCAAACUUAGGGUUCCAUAACACAUAGGAUUUAAUUAAGUGAAAUUAGUCAAAGUACAUUCACAUACCUAUAUGCACUAUUAACCGCAGUUCUAUCAUUCAUUACUCAUUGUAAUAUUUACAUUUCAUUUAUACAAACAUAGUUAUAUUAAAACGGAGGAAAAACCGCAAAGAACAGAAAAACUCUAUUUAAGCUGAAAGCAUACAAGUUAUAUCUCUAGCUCGCAGAAAACAAAAUUAAAGCAUUUUUGGUUAGAACUUGUAACUAUUUAAAUUGGUUUUUAUGGUUUAUGUUUUUAUCUUAGUCAAGAAAAUCCAAAGCCAAUUUAAUUUUUUAUUCAUUCGCAUACAAUUUUAUUAAAUGCAACUGUUCUAUAAAACAAAAGUAAAUGUCAAAUAUUGUUGAUUAAAUGUUAAGUGAGUCGAUCAAAAGAAAAGUGGUUUCCCUCAGCUUAGUUUUGUAUUUCAGAGAUGUUCGAUAUUCGUUGAGCUUACUAACAUUCAUUCGUAUACAACUACAUACUUACACAUAUAAUUGUCAGCAAUAGCAACAAAAACAAGGAAUCAAUUACCGUUAACUAGCAGUCCUGGCGUCUGACUCUGAGGAAUGACGGUCUACAAAGUGUCGCCCCCGAUAAGUUAAUUUACCACCCAUGAUCUUUUUAAUGCACUUGAAAUUUACCAAGGAUAUACGUUUCUAUGUAUGUAUGUGUGAAUAGGCAAUGGGAAAUGGGAUGCGAGGGCGGUAGUGAAGAAUUAACACACAAAACAAUUAACACACCGAAACGUCGAAUGGCUCACUGAAAUUGGCACACUUCCGUUAUGGCGCACCAUACCAAAAACACGUUGGGCGGGAAAAGGACACGGAUAUAUCAAGGAUACCAACGCUCGGACGGUAAACAGUAAUAAAAUAACGGUGCUCAGUGGGUGUCAAACUCGGGGGAUAGAGUGUUUGUGGGUGUGUGUGUGAGUGAGUGAGUGAGUGAGAGAGUGAGGGAUGGAUGGGGAUGGUCUUAGCAAUAAUUAAGUGAAAAAUAGUAGUUGGGGUGGCUCUUUUCUCUCGGGUGUCGAGUUAAGCUUGUUGAUUAUGUUUGAUUAGCGAGGAUUUCGAAUUUUGGGUUAGUUGGUGAAAAUAUUUAGCUUGAAUACAGUUACAAUCGCAUAAAUAGCAAAUAAAAUCUCCCAAAUGGACCAUAUUAUUUGAAAAAUAUCUAAAAACUAAAAACUAACUUGCUCUUCAUUAAAUAUCUUUAAAAA